UCCUGGGCGCCGCGCCCCGCUCAGCACGCCCACUUGGAGGGGCGCUAGGCCGGCAACUACCUCCCUAAAGCUUAGGUGGCUCCGGCUGUCCCCAGCGAGGAAGGGUAGAAACACGCGGGAGGGGUGCUGCGGGAUCCCUGGGCUUUGCGCUGCUGAUGCUGGUCUCCGGCUUCGAGUGGUUCAGCCUCUCGUCUUGCGGAGCGCCCCAGUAUUUGCGCGUCUGGUUGAGUCCCAGUUGUUUCUCUCACUUGUUCUCUGGCUAACUCCGAAGUCUCCGCGGCUCUGGGGCCUUGCGGUCGGGGAAAGGAGAGACCAGUGUGGAGCUUUGGGAGGUUGAAACUGACACGUCCGGAGUCCCUGGCUCCGCUGUGAUCGCACUCAGGAACUUUGCGCUGUGUUUCGGGUCUUUGUCUCCCUUGGGAAUCUGGAAGGCAACUCGGCAGGCCCAGUCCCUGGCCAGGACCCCACGCUGGGGGCCAUGGAAUUCACUGCGUCGCCCAAGCCUCAGCUCUCCUCCCGGGCCAACGCCUUCUCCAUCGCCGCGCUUAUGUCGAGCGGCGGCUCCAAGGAGAAGGAGGUCACGGAGAACACCAUCAAACCGCUGGAGCAAUUUGUGGAGAAGUCAUCCUGCGCCCAGCCCCUGGGUGAGCUGACCAGCCUGGACGCCCAUGGGGAGUUCGGUGUAGGUGGCAGCGGUGGCAGCAGUAGCCCAUCCUCCUCUCUGUGUACGGAGCCGCUGAUCCCUACCACCCCCAUCAUGCCCAGCGAGGAAAUGGCCAAAAUUGCCUGCAGCCUGGAGACCAAGGAGCUUUGGGACAAAUUCCACGAGCUGGGCACGGAGAUGAUCAUCACCAAGUCGGGCAGGAGGAUGUUUCCAACCAUCCGGGUGUCGUUUUCGGGAGUGGAUCCUGAGGCCAAGUACAUAGUCCUGAUGGACAUCGUCCCCGUGGACAACAAGAGGUACCGCUACGCCUACCACCGGUCCUCCUGGCUGGUGGCCGGCAAGGCCGACCCUCCGCUGCCCGCCAGGCUAUAUGUGCACCCAGAUUCUCCUUUUACGGGUGAGCAGCUACUCAAGCAGAUGGUAUCUUUUGAAAAAGUGAAGCUCACCAACAAUGAACUGGAUCAACAUGGCCACAUAAUUUUGAACUCAAUGCAUAAGUACCAGCCUCGGGUACAUAUCAUUAAGAAGAAAGACCACACGGCCUCAUUGCUCAAUCUGAAGUCUGAAGAAUUUAGAACAUUCAUCUUUCCAGAGACAGUUUUUACAGCAGUCACUGCCUACCAGAACCAACUGAUCACCAAGCUGAAAAUAGAUAGCAACCCUUUUGCCAAAGGAUUCCGGGACUCCUCCAGGCUCACUGACAUUGAGAGGGAAAGUGUGGAGAGCCUGAUUCAAAAGCAUUCCUACGCCCGCUCACCCAUUCGUACCUACGGAGGAGAAGAGGAUGUCCUGGGAGAUGAGAGUCAGACCACACAAAAUCGAGGGUCAGCCUUUACAACCUCCGAUAAUUUGUCUCUCAGCUCCUGGGUAUCAUCUUCAUCUAGUUUUCCUGGAUUUCAGCACCCACAGUCCCUGACUGCUCUUGGCACCAGCACAGCAUCCAUAGCAACACCCAUUCCUCAUCCCAUUCAGGGUUCUCUGCCACCAUAUAGCCGACUCGGGAUGCCUCUGACCCCAUCGGCCAUUGCCAGCUCCAUGCAAGGGAGUGGCCCAACGUUCCCUUCGUUCCACAUGCCCCGAUACCAUCACUACUUUCAGCAGGGGCCCUAUGCUGCCAUCCAAGGACUGCGCCAUUCCUCUGCUGUGAUGACACCAUUCGUAUGACUGUUCUAGAAUUAGGGGGAUCCAGCCCCAGAAUGUGCAAACUGGGUGUGGAAAUAUGGGACAAGGUUGGGUGGUUGGGAUGUGAGGUGUUGCAGCAGGGGCUCUCUAAGGACAUGGGACCUAUUAAAGAGGAGAGCUGAACUCAGAAUAAACCUUCUGCAGAGGGAAUGCACCAUGAACCAGGGUUCAUCUGUAGUUGGGGGGCAGCUGUUGGGUUCAGAAGAGAUUCACUGUAAAGUUCUUAGCCAGCCAAGUCCUGCAACCAAUAGGAUGCCAACUUGCCCAGAAAGUUUCAUAAUGCAGGUCAGAUGAAUCUUAAGGUGCAAUUAUUCCUAGUGGUUAAAAAAUGCUGUGUUAAUGCAGUAAUGUAUAAAAUCAAUGUGUACAGGUUUUCUUUCUGCUUCCACACGUUAAGAGAAUUUUCAAAGAGGCAAUACUGUAUCGCCUAUUGACGUAAUGAUUAACUUAAGUCAAUUUCUCCCUGUAGAAAACGGGAGCUAGUAGAGAAAUAUUUGUAGUGCUGUAGCUUAAGCAUGUUUAGUUUUCCUUUGUGUUAGUUUGCUGGGAAAGCAGCUGAGAUAAUGCUAAUGUAUCCUGUUUUGUGGAUGAAUAGGUUGUAAUUACCUCACAAAAUUCUUUUGUAAUAUUGAAGAGCCAGUUCCUGACAAGCUUGGGUUUUCAGUCUUGUCUUCUUUCUUCCUAAUUCUCUUUCAUGCAAAUAUUUGCCGUUGAUGUAGGAAAUAUCUUCCAAAGACAAUUUUGACGCAAAAGGCUGUAUGUGUUACAUUGCAAAACUGAGGUUUUAUUUUUCUGGGCUGGCAUUCUAAAUACACUGCGUAUUCACUCACUGAGGAACACGAUAGAGCCUAUAGUGUGUGAUGGUAUGUGAGGCUUUCCUUCACUUACAAGCUGCAGUAAAAGGAUGGUUGCCCUAUUCUGGAAGGAAUUUCUCUGCCAUGGGUACCAAAGGCCCCUUCCUUUUCAGUUCAGCUCUGGAAGCGCUUAUGGGUGUUAAAAUGUACUGGGCCAGGUUCUCUUUUUCAGUAAUCUGUUUUGUUGUUAGGUUAGCUGCUGCCACCGAUUGACAAAGACUUGUGAAUCCUUGUCAUAAGGCUAUUAGAUCACAAAUUACUAGAUAACAAGGUCCUUUAAGGUUCGUAUGCUCGUGAGGACCUGUGUCCCUACAUUUGAUUUGCCCCUUUUUCUUACUGUGUUACCUUCACUGACUCCUUUACCACCUUUCUUGGUCCGUAAUAUGAAAUCGCGUGUUAAUGGCUCCCUGAACAUUGGCAGUUCUUCUAAGUAAAUCUGAAGCAUCUAUCCAUUUAUUUUCAACUCCUGCUGUCUUCUCAGACCUUUCUCUAAUGUUUAUAACAGUAAUUAAUUGUAUUUUAGGUAUAUAUAACCUGUAUAUUUUUGAGUAACAUGUAUCUAAGCAUUUACAGUCAGGGUAAUACAUUUGACAUUUUGUUACCACAGUAACAGAGACUCAAUCAAAUUAAUAGUCUUUCAACUUUAGAUAUAAUGUGUUCCAGUUACAGGGUAUAACCUGUCUUCUUAGGAAAGCCCCCCAAAGCUCUAUUUUAAUUAUUGUAUGUAAUAUUCAUUCUACCCUGCUUUGACUGCAAAAGUAUUGAAUCUGUUAAAAGAGAUGGGAAAUACUGCUGCUGACAACAGAUAUGUAUUUGGGGGUAAAGGCAAUACACUUACCACAUCAAACUCCAGUGGGACUGUAUUCGAUUGUUUUAGUGUUAGGCUUUUCCGUAUCAAAUGCCUUUCUGGGGCAUUUCCAGCCUAUGAAACAAGGCACAAUAGCACAGACUGUCUAUAUGAUGCCGCUGUUGGAUUUUGCACUUCCCUUUCUCCAGUGUAUCCCAGAGUUCAUUUGUGGAGAUGCAUGGGCUGGUUAACAAAGCAUCUGAGUCCCAUGGCAGACCCUGUAGGCAACUUUUUAACUUCUUGCAUGUUACACUGUCAUAGCCACUGGUCAUUUACUUUCAAACAAAGCACAGAUGUGCAUUUCUUUGAAAAAGCAGCCAUGAGUAAUAUGUAAAAUACAUAUCCAUAGAGCUAGGGGUUUACUAUUUAAUAGUUGGCCUGUUGCCAGUAGUCCUUUUAAUACAGAGUACUGCUGCUUAAAGCAGGAAUAACAAAAGAUGCUAUUUUACAUAAUGCUACUCAAGACCCUAGUAAAUUACUGGCCUACUGAAAUGAAGCCAUGUCUGAAUUAUCUUUUCAAAGAGAGCUAAAGGAUAUGGCAGUACUAUUCUGACAUUUCUCCCGAUCUGUGUGUCUCCGAGUAGGUUUGUGUGCUUUUGUUAAGUACAAUUUUCACAAGUAUUUCCUGACUUCAUAACUUUAUUUUGUAGUUAAGCAAUAUAUGAUUAAAAUAAGUAGAAUGCUUAGAGAAAAGCAUAGACUAAGAUAUCAAAGCAUACUCUUGCAAAAUCAUACUUGAAAUUAUAAAUUGGGUAUUUUUUGGAAGUAUUUAGUAUUAUUUCAAAAAGAGAGAAAAACCAAAAAAACAAAGAAACCCAUUGCCUUAGAGUCGAUUCCAACUCAUAGCGACCCUAUAGGACAGAGUAGAACUGCUCCGUAGGGUUUCCAAGGCUAUAAAUCUUUACAGAAGCAGACUGCCAUGUCUUUCUCCCACAGAACGGCUGGUGGGUUCCAACUGCUGACCUUUCAGUUAGCAGUUGACUGCUUUAAUCACUGUGCCACCAGGGCUCCUAAAGAGAAGAAGCACAAGUGAUAUGGAGUUUAACCUAGUCAGAGUCACUCUAGCCAUGGGAGCAAGGGGGUAGAUAGGAAUCGACCCCACCUGGGCCUUUUUGGGAAUCCCAGAGUGGUCUAAACAGUGAAAGCACUCACAUUCGGCUGCUAACAGAAAAAGGCUGAAGGUUUGAGGCCACCCAGAGGUACCUCAAAAGAAAGUAUUGGUGAUCUACUUCCAAAAAAUCAGCCAUUGAAGACCCUGCGGAGCCCAGUCCUACUGUGCCACAUGUGGGAUCACCAUGAACUAAAAUUGAUUGAAUGGCAACUGGCUUUUUAAUUGGGACUUUUUGAGCUGUUCGGCUGUGGCUUCUUACUUAACCCACUGGGAAUUUAAGAUUUCAAAUUCCAAAUCCUAUUCUAUGAAAAAUAAUUGCAAGAACUAGAUAAUCAGUUGUAAAGCCAAUUAAGUAAUAAAGAGCAUGGGUUAUAAUAUAGUUGGAGUAAAUUCAGGGUUUUUCUCACAAGUAUAUUCCAGUAUCAAAAAGGAACGGCCAAUGUGCAGAGUGGUAGAAAGACAUCCUGCCAGAGCUGCUUCGCCGGACCCUGAGGGAUUAAUUCACAGCUUAGCAGGUUCUGCACUGGUGAUUUGAACAGGUAGAGGAUGGGUCUUACACAUUUCUAUAUUAUUUUAGAAUGUAAGGAGUUUUGUAAACAAGCAAAGGGAAGGGUACAAACUCUAAAAACAUCAGAAAACCAUACAAUCUUUUCUUCACUACUAUUCUGUGCCACUUAUAAAUAUUCCAGUACUUAUCUUUCUUCAGCAUGCUUAAAUAUGCAAGGAUUCAUUUAUAAAUAUUUAUUAGGCAAAUAAUCCAAAAGUAUUUUCUGGCCCUUUUUCCUCUGUUCCUCCCCCAAAUAAUUUCAAUCCCUUCCCCAUCCUAAGCGAAGUAUCUCAGCAAUAAGAAAAUGAACGCAUUUUGGUAAAAUAACGUGUAAUACAUCUUGACAAAAAAUACAGUUUGUUGUAUUUUACUUCUGGUCCAUUUACUGUAUUUAGUUUUCUUUUUCUUUUCAAGAACCUAAAAGAAGUUCUUUUUUUUUCCCCCCUUAAAGGAUAAAAAUUGAAUAUAGCUUCUUUAGUAGAUUGUAUCACAGUUCUGUUGUUUGCUGUGUUCAUUUUUUUAAUGGAUUGCGUGAGAACAGUCACUGUAAUGAAGUGUGUGCUAGGGUAGGGGGAAGGGCAUGGGAAAUGUUUUAUGAAAAAAGAAGUUAUAAGCCUAAUACUAUGAAGUGACAUCUAAUGAAGUUUCUUUUUAAGUGCAAUAUAUUUAUUUCUGCUAGAAAUGUAUCCUCAACAUUAUGUUAUAUUUGAAGCAUUACAUGUUAUUUGUAAACAGCUUAAAAUUAUAUGUUACCCAAAAUUGUACAGAAGUACAAAUGUGUGGAUAUUGAAUUCUUUCAUUAAAAAAUGGUGUGUUUUUUGAUA